GCCCAGCCCAUUCGUUUCGUAGCCGGAACCCGCGGGAUAUAUCCGCGUGGGCCUGCGCCAUGGCUGAAAGUGGCCGGACACCUCAGGCCCGGGCGCUCCUGCAGCAGUGCCUGCAAGCCCGGCUGCAAGUACGCCCCGCCGAGGGGGACGCCGCGGCCCAGUGGGUGGAGGUUCAGAGAGGAUUAGUGAUCUACGUGUGCUUUUUCAAGGGAGCUGAUAAAGAACUUCUUCCCAAAAUGGUUAAUACACUGUUAAAUGUGAAAUUAAGUGAAACAGAAAAUGGCAAGCACGUCUCUAUACUGGAUCUACCUGGCAACAUUCUUAUCAUCCCUCAAGCCACCCUUGGGGGGAGAGUAAAAGGAAGAAACAUGCAGUAUCACUGUAACUCUGGCAAAGAAGAAGGGUUAGAACUUUAUUCCCAAUUUGUGACUCUCUGUAAAAAAGAAUUAGCUGCUAACAGUAAGUGUGCCGAAGCUGGGGUUGUGGUGGAACACGGCACUUACGGGAACCGGCAGGUGUUGAAGCUCGAUACCAAUGGACCAUACACACACCUAAUUGAGUUUUGAGAAAUUAAAAGUUUCUACAGUUGUUUUCUGGUAUAAAAUGAUCUGGGGUAUAAUUAGAUUUUCGUCCCCUUCUCCUUGAGUAUACUAAUCUGCAGCAUUUUUAGGCAAGAAAAUCCUGGGUCCCAUCCAUAACUCUGCAGCCUGCUUAAUUGGAUGAUCUUGCCAAGUCACCUAAACUCUGGAUCUCAGUCACCCUUUUUCCUGCUUUCCCUAUACAACACACGAGAAUUUGAAAAAUGCCUUCUAUUCACUUUAUGGGCAUUGAUAAGAACAUGGAAGUGAGCUGUACUUAAGCAUUUUGUACUUAAGAGAGAGCUGUACUUAAGCAUUUUGUAGUGAAAUUUUGUGCAGUCAAGAAAAAUGUAUUUCUUAUACCUUCAAAUGUACUAGUAUGUAAUAAAAAAUCAUAUUUGUAUCAAAACUAGGUAAAACCUAGCAUAAACUGAUUAUAAUUUUAUUAAUUUUGUUUUAGUAUUUCAGAUUUCCAUAUUUUGAAUGGAAAAAUAUGCAAUUUACUAUUCUUUUUAAUAAUAUCUAUGAAAGUAUAAUAUAGAAAUGUUAUUAUGCAUUUUAGUAUUACUUUCUAAGGACAUCCAAGUGCUUUAAAUUUUUUUAAGAAUUUUUAGUUAAUAUAGGAAUGAGGUAUGGGGGAUUAAAAGUUGUUUUUAUUUAAUAUACCAUUGGGUUAAUAUCUGUUCCUCUUUGUUUUACCAACACAAUGUAUGUCUCAUGUUCUGUCUUUGGUUUUUAAAAGUUACUGCUUCAUGAAAUUAGUGUUAGUUCAUAAAAUUUUCAGGAAGUUCCUUUCUUGUCAAUUUAGACUGCUGUAAAAGGAAUAAAAAGGGAAGCUUUCUACUGGAAUUAUUUGAAAACAAGUUGACUUGUUCAUUUCUGUUUUAUAUACUUAAUGAUUUGGAGCCAGUAUCAUGUUUUCUAUUAGUGAAUAUUUGUGUCCUCCUCAAAAAAAAAUCUCAUAUGUUGAAGUCCCCCAGUGUGGUAGUAUUUGGAGAUGGGGCCUUUGGAAGGUAAUUAGGGUUAAUAGGUCAUGAGAAUAGGGGCCUCUUGAUGGGAUUAGUGUCCUCAUAAGAAGAAACACCAGAUAGUUUGCUCACUCUUCUCUGCUGACCAUGUGAGGAUGCAGUGAGAAGGGGGCCAUUUACAAGCCAGGAAGAGAAACUGACCAUUCUGAAGUCUUUACCUUGAACUUCUAGCCUCUUGAACUAUAAGAAAAUAAAUUUCUGUUGUUUAA